AUGGGACGUCGAAGAGAUACGCCGAGAGAGCCUGACGGGCGCGGCAGACAUCAUGACGAGCGUCAAAUCAUUGUCAUCGGGAACAGCAUAGACGGGUCGAGCGAAGACUACCUCGCGCGGCUCCGCGCGUCCAGGACGGCGGUGACAUCCCAGCUACCGCGCCCACACCGCGACGACGAUUGUGCAGAGGCCUUCGCGCACGCGCGCAAGCUGCGGGCCGCUGACCACGAGCGCCUUGUCAGGGCUGCGUUUGGCGCGCACCCGUCCUACUGCAUCGCGCUGAAGGAGGAUCGUCAGGGCACCGAGCAGGACGCCAUCAGCGACUUGCUGGGGCCGGCGGGCGCAAGCAAAGGCGUUGACACCGUGAGGCUCAUGUGGGAGGGCGGCGCCGCGGAGCUCGGCGCGCUGGGCGGUGGACGAGAGAGCCUGGCGACAUUUUGCUGGCAGCACGUCUUUGCCGAUUCGAGGCGUGGCCUGGCUGAGAGGUUGUGA